AUGAAACUAAAUUUUCUGACCCAGGUGGUGACGCCGAUCCCCGGGUCGGCGGCCACAACGCUGCCAUGUUGGGAGCGGCCGAUCGGUUGUGCUAUCUCGUGCCCGCAUGGCUUCCGGAGAUCCGCCCUCGGCACUUGCUUGUGCUCCUGCGCAGCCUCGCCUUGUAUCACGCAUGUCUGCGGCCAGGAGGAGAUUUGCGUCCUACAGCACGGAAAUCCGAAAUGCGUCGCUGUCAACGGGGAGGCAAUCGUAGGCAAAGAAAAACCCCGACCGGAAUGCCCGCGGUUGAUCGGAGGUCUUUGUGCGCUGAAAUGUGAAGAGGAUUCGGAUUGUAGUGGGAGGCUAAUCUGUUGCCACAAUGGCUGUGGGCGGGAAUGCGUCGCCCCCGUUCAGCCAUUUGCCAUCGCCGCGGCUCCUGUGCCGAAUAGUUUCCCGAUAAUACCAUCGGCUCGCCCUUUGCCUGGCCGAAUCGGCACGCCCGUUUAUAACUCGGCGGAAGCCAUUCCCUCUGAGCCGCAUCACGAAAAAGCCAGGCAAAUCCCUGUGCAGACGAUCAUCGCGAAACCGAUGCCGGUGAAGGGUGGGCAAGCGAAUCCAGCUGCCGAUCGGCCUCCAGGAGAAUGCCCGUCCGCCGCAGUGCUGGCCACCGAAUGCCCAAAGUUGUCGCUCGGAGACGGGAUUCCAACGCCGAACUGCCAGGGCGACGACGAAUGCCCGGCUUCUUUUCUGUGCUGCCCGACAGCUGCGUGUGGAAAUGUAUGCACAGCUCCCACAAAAACUACAGGUUGCCUCCACCUUUUGGCCUCGGCUCUUCGGUUACCGCAAAAAGCGCUCGCCCACGAUUUCUUGCCGGUGUGCACGAAAGAUGGGCAAUUUGAGAAGAUACAGUGUGACGAUUUGUAUUGCUGGUGCGCAGAUGUCUCCAACGGUGCCGAAACGCCAGGCACACGUCGCCCGAAAAGCCUGAAAUCGCCGCUACUCUGUUUAUCCCCACGCUCCUGCCAGCUCUCCUGCACGAACAAAUGUCCGCACGGGCACAAAAUGGACACCAGCGGGUGUCCGUUGAAGAGCUGCGAGUGUCGAAGCCCUUGCGAUGGCAUACGGUGCUCCCUUGCUUGGGAAACCUGCCAACUCGUCGAGCCGGAUUGCGCCCAACCACCGUGUUUGCCCGUUCCCAGAUGCCUGAUCAACCCGUGCCCGGAAGGCGAUCCGCUGACGCUGCGCAACGGCGUGACGGCCCUCUGCACCGAGGCCACCCACUGUGGCCAGCACUUUUUCUGCCACCUGAUCGGCUAUAACGGCCUCGGCUUCUGCUGUCCCGGCGAAAAACGGGACGCGAGAGAAGGCAACUGUCCUGCCAGACAGCCACAGCUUCGCCCUGGUUGUCAUCAGGAAUGUAUCGUCGACCUGGACUGUGCCGUCGGAAAGUGCUGCUUCGAUGGUUGCGCCCUGCGUUGUGUGAGCAACGCCUUCCUCCCCCAUCCGCUCACCCCAAUACGCCCGGUUACCGUUUCCGGAUCCUCGUCGAUACCUACCACGACGUCCGGAGGUUCCGGCUUCUCCCCUGGGGCCGUGUUUCUACGGAAUAAAGAGGUCUUCACGCGCAAAAUGGCAAGUUGUGCGGCAGUGGAAGAAGAAGCGACCGGAAAGAGGUGCAACUCGGACUGUGCUUCGGACGCUUCUUGCGAGGGGUCACGGAUUUGCUCCUGCGUCCAUCGUUGGGUCACGUCGGCGCUGUAUUCACUCCGUUCCGUGCUACAAUGCGCCGCCGAUGGCCAUUUUGACAAGCGCCAGUGCGACGAUGAUGGGUGCUUUUGCGUCGAUCAAUUUAAUGGGCUCGAGCAGGCCGGCACGCGAGUACCACACUUGACAAUUCCUACCUGCAUACCUGAUCUCUCUCCCUGCCGCUUACCGGUCUGCCGCGCCGAAUGCCCGCACGGAUACACCAUUUCGCCAGCUGGAUGCCCCUCAUGUGUUUGCAGGAAUCCAUGUUUGGAGGUCAAAUGCCCCCAGGGUUCAUUCUGCCAAUUGAGCGACGUGAAAUGCCGCGAUGGCGACGACCGUGAAUGCCCGAAACAACCGCGAUGCAUCGCUAACGCCUGCCCGCACGGCGACCCCUUCACCACCUCGGCCGGAUUUGUGCAAAACUGCCAGGCGGCCGCCGAUUGUCCAAGGCAUUUCUGGUGCCAUAAGUUUGGAGCCUCAUCGGGCGGUGUUUGCUGCCCGGGAACGACGCCAAAUAUCCGAGGCGGCUCCUGCCCGGCCACCACUCCCCUUAUCGACGAUCUGAGCGUCGAGUUGUGCAAGAAGCAAUGCUUGACCGACGAGCAUUGUCCCCCUCAGCACAAGUGCUGCUACAAUGGCUGCGGGAUGAGCUGCAUCGCGGCCGCCGCUUCAUUUUCGGAGGCCGCACCGGAAACGCCAAUACUUGUGAAGCCCGGCAGCUGUCCCGCUGAAACGGUGGAAAAAGAAAAGUGCCCAACCACCGCCGUGGACCUGUGCCUGCACGAUUCGGCGUGCCCGGGCGUCCAGAAGUGCUGCUCGGACGGGUGUCGAAAGUAUUGCACAUACCCGGAAAAAGCUUCCGCUUGCGUCCAGCUGAAAUCCGCGCUUCAACAAAUCGGCCAGACGAACGACGUGCAGUGCGAGAUGGGUAGGUUUUUAUUUAUAUAU